GGUCAGCGGCGAGCGGGCGCCGUCACAAAAGGAAGUGGUGGCGGCGGCGGCCCUCAGCGCGGCGAGAGGCGGGGGCCCGUGGGGCUGCGCGGCGGCCGUGGGUUGCCAGUGUUGUGGGAGCGGCGGACAGCGGCGCGGCAGCAGCUGGAGCGGCAGCAGCUGGAGCGGCAGCACAGGUCAGCGGCGGCGGCGAGGCGGCGGGGGCCGCGCCGCGCCAUGGCCCAACAGCAGAUGAGCAGCUCGCAGAAGGCGCUGAUGCUGGAGCUGAAGUCGUUGCAGGAGGAGCCGGUGGAGGGCUUCCGCAUCACCCUGGUCGACGAGUCCGACCUCUACAACUGGGAGGUGGCGAUUUUUGGUCCCCCCAAUACUCUCUACGAGGGAGGGUACUUCAAGGCUCACAUUAAAUUUCCUAUUGACUAUCCAUAUUCACCACCUACCUUCAGAUUCCUGACCAAAAUGUGGCACCCCAACAUUUAUGAGAACGGCGAUGUAUGUAUUUCAAUUCUUCAUCCACCUGUAGAUGACCCACAAAGUGGAGAGCUACCAUCUGAGAGGUGGAACCCUACCCAAAAUGUCAGGACUAUCUUACUGAGUGUAAUCUCUUUGCUUAAUGAGCCCAACACGUUCUCUCCUGCCAAUGUGGAUGCAUCUGUCAUGUUCAGGAAAUGGAGGGACAGUAAAGGAAAAGACAAGGAGUAUGCUGAAAUCAUAAGGAAGCAGGUUUUGGCCACCAAAGCUGAGGCAGAGAAGGAUGGCGUGAAGGUCCCCACUACGCUGGCAGAGUACUGCAUCAAAACUAAAGUGCCUUCCAAUGACAACAGUUCGGAUUUGCUUUACGACGACUUGUACGACGACGACAUCGACGACGAAGAUGAGGAGGAGGAGGACGCCGACUGUUACGAUGAUGAUGAUUCUGGCAACGAGGAGUCGUGACCUGCUCCCUCUACGCCCCUGUACUGCCCUGCCAUCUCAGGCCAGAAGGGAGCAGCGAUAACCUAGCAGCAGUCCAGCAAAAAAGUGUGUGGGGGGGGAUUAAAAAAAAAACAAACUUUUGUCUCCUGCUGUCUCCUGUUGUAUGGAUCUGUUUGCUCCUUUUUUAUGGACCUCUUAGAGACCCUCCACAGAAUGUCUGAAUUCUUGCAUUCUUAACCCUUUCAUCACUGUAUUAUGAUUUCUUUUUAAAAAAGAAAACUUCCCUUCUCACUUCUCUACGAAACGCUCACAGCAAAGCCAGGUUUGCUCGCGUGUAGAUUCUUGAAUUUAAAAUACAGUCUUGCAUUGAGUUGUUUAAUGUAUUUAAAGCUGGAACAAACCCAUUGGAAGCUGGAUUUUUUUCAGGAGCUCAAGUGCUGCAUUUACUGCAAAGGAGAAAAAAAAAAAA